UGGAAGUUAAAAAAAUCCCAACUUUCAACGGUGUCGGGUGUGUAUUUGGUGCCGUGGUCCGCUACGCGACGGCAGACAGAGAAAUACAAAUCAGUGUAGAAACUUGAAGUGUACGGAUUAUCUUCGGUAAAAUCGAUCGGCGAUCGCUCGCCACCAAACGCCGCUAUUGGGCUUUCUUCCUGCUGAUACUUGGCAAGAAAAAAGAAAAAUAAAAUAGUGAUGCAAUAAGGGAAAUAAAGUACGCGGAGAAAGAAUUGUGCACUUGGUUCUGUGGGUGUAUGUGAGAAUAGAAGUAACAGAAAAAAACACGCAUCAGUGUGUUGGAGGAAAUCUCUCAUCGCAUCUGCUACAUAACCGAUAACGAUCUUCGAAAAGCAAGAAAAAAUAACGUGUAGAAGUAAACUACCAAUAAAGUGUGUGCGAAUUACGCUUAUCGAGUGUGUUAGUGUGAGUGAUUUAGCUACCUUAAAUAUAAAAUAAUAUUUUGUAACGAAGAGAGUGCCCCGUACAAGUUCUUGCAAGAAAUAGGAAAUUGAUAUCGUGAUCGCCCAAACACACCCGGUCCAUGUAAGAGCGAUCGCGUGCUGGAAGUGUUGCGGAUAAAAAGAAACACCCAAAAAUCCUGCUGCAGAUUGUGUGCCGGGGAAAAACAGGAGCAUCUGAUCCGUGGACUCGUCCAAGUACGCAGCGUCAUCAAGUGUGAACACACCGAGAAGCUUCUUGCGCGAGUUGCGAUCGUCCAAACCAAGAUCCAAGCCCCAUCCUGCGCUCUAAGAUAUGAUAACAGCAGGAUCGAGCCUUGCAGACCGAGCUUAGCUUGUGUGGUUUAGACCAUCCCGACUGAGUGCUGAUCAUGACCGACGCACUCAAGAUGACCGAUAUGCAGCAGCGCGCCAGUAUCGAGUUCGAGCGCCAGCGCCACCUGGCGAACUGGCUGAUCGAGUCGAGCCCGCACAUGCCCAAACCAACGGCCGCCCAACAAAAGCAGCUCCAGCAACACCAACAGCAACUGCAACAGCAGCAACUCCAGCAACUGGCCGGCGGUGCGAUUACCGGCAAACAGUCCAAAGCGGCAGCCAAGCUGAAGCAGAGCCCUAUGUUUCUGCUGGCGAAGAUUGGCCACAACCUAGCCGUUGGUGGUGGAGGAACGGGAGGAGGUGGUGGUGGGGGAGGAGGUGGAGGAAACUCACUCGUUGCCGGUUCCACCUUCAACUCCCAGACGAACCUUCCGCUGCAGAUCCUAGCUCCGGGUGGUGGCCGUGAAGGCAACAAACCGAAGCUGCGACGCUUCAACUCGCACGACACCAGCGCCAACAUGUUCUCGGUGGCGGAGUUCGAGAACGCACGGAUGGCGCGGAGGAACGAGCUGGAGAGUGCGGCCCUGCUACGACAGCGAGCCCGCUACAAGCUCAACUCACUCAAUUCGUCUGGAGGCGGGGCGGGUGGCGGUGGUGGGGACUGCUCAACGGGGGAAAGCAAGGGUUCGAAGCUGAGCUCCAGCGAGUCAACCACCGAACCGCUGUUUGCGGAACAAUUUCUCGAACGCUUCUCGUUGCCCCGUGUCAUCCGGCUGUCGUACACUUCGUCCACCUCGCCGGGCGGACAGGGCGAUCAGACGAUGACCUCCUCGAGUUCGGCCGAAUCGAGCAGUACGGCAGAACGGCCCAGCAGUGGCUCGAAGGGUGGUGGCAAAGGUUCCAAGAAGGGAAAAGGUUCGGCCACGAUCGGGGGCGACCUGUUUCUGCUCUACCGGUAUAUGCGCGGCUAUCGGAGCUACCACGUGUUCAACACCAAGGCGGGCACCAGUCGGAAGAAGGGCUACAAGAUACCGCACGAUUUUCCCGGUUACUUCUCCUUCAUCAACGACAAGGGCGCACCGACGGCCACCGUGUACACCACGAUCGUACAGCUGGUGCGGGACCAGGUGUACAAGUUCCUGUCGCUGGACAACCUUUCCGCCUACACCGAAUCGCAUGAUAACUUCAGCCACAAAACGCACUACGUGAAGGCGACGGCCAAGGCGGGCCAGGUAUACCGACUGUUGGCAGUCUUCCAGGACGGAGAUCACAAGUCUGCCACGUCGUCCUCUAGUCACAAGGAUGCGACCGGCGCCGGGAAUGCGAACGUUGGUGGCCGGGAGAAGGAACGGGGCAAGUACGCGCAGCUGUUGGAUGACAACCGUCAGAUCUACUACGUGUCGCUGUCCGCCAAAGGCAAGUUCUACGAGAUAGAGCAGCACAGUGCCCCGGUGCUUCAGAAGUACACCAACUUUGGUAACCAUCACCAACUGCACAGCCUCAAUGGGAACAAUACGAGCAGCAGCAGCGUGGGGACAAACGGUGGUAAUCAGACGUCCCAACAGAACCAGCAGAACCACCAGACCCAUCAACAGCAGCAGCAGCAACAGCACCGAAAACCGAAACAACUGAGCAGGGAUUGUGUGCAUCGGAUCGGGUUCAUCAUGCAGUCGGAGCCGUGUCUUCCGCUGAACCUGAAGCUCAUCUCGCCGCAGACGGGAGCCCACUCCUCCGCCGUACCUGAGUACGUCACGAUCGCGAAGAUCAGUGAGGAGAACUUCCUGAUUGCGUGCCCACUAGACGAGCAACACUUGACGACGACUCUCACCCUAACCAAGCUCCACCUGACGCCCCAGAUGAAGUUUGCCAAGUGUACGAUGGGAUUCGAGAACGAGCAGCACAUGUUCCUGAACGCGAACGUCCAGACCGUGCUCAAGUUCUGCCAGUUCAACUGUGACAACUUCCUGCGUGUAGUUGACCACGAAACGAACGCGAUCGAACUACAGCAAAUGACGGCUAUUUCCGUAGGACAGCAGCAGCAGCAGCAGCAACAGUCAUCCCUCACGAUGACGUCAAACACAACGACAACUACCGGCCCAAGUUCGCUUGGAUCGAGUGGCAGCGGUGGCGGUGGCGGUGGUGGUGGAGGGAAGCACGAAUCAAAGGGAGGUGGAUCUGACGUCCUGCGACGGUUCGGGCGGCUUUUCGGUGGUGGUGGUUCCAGCGGUGGACACGAUCGAAACGGCGGAUCCGGCCACGAGAAGGAAGAUUCCAUCAUAUUUUUAAGUAAAAAUGAUCUGGAAAGUCUCGAAUGCGGUGGUGGUGGCGGCGGCGGCGGCCGAGAGCUCGAUGACCAUCACCACCACUCCACCCCUUACCACCAACACCACCACCACCACCACAGUCUGGUGGACGAACGGUCCACGCUUGGUGGCCGAUCGUCGUCGGAUGGUGCCACAAACCACGAGCCACACUCGCUCCCGAUUCCCAGCUACCGGAGCGAGAAGAUGAAGGUGUUUGCAUCGCCGAGCGGGAAAAGCAAGGGCCACUCGACAACGACGCCGGCUGGGGCCACAUCCUCUUCCACGUCUAAAUGGUUCCGAGGGUUCGGGAAUCGGUCGAGUGCGAACGAAUCCGUCUCGGCGGACGAUGAGUGGGACAAGCGAACCAGUCUCGACCGUUACCGGGACAUGUCGAAGCUGAUCCAGGAACGGUUCGGGACGUUGGGAAUGCUUUCGCUUUCCUCGCGUGCUGCCAGCACCGAUCGGAUCAGUGCGUUUGACGACGGUACGAUCGUCAGCCACGAUCCUGCAUCGUCGGUCGCUAGUGUCGGUGCACGCGAAAAGUGUCUCUCUCUGCAGCACAUCGAACAGAAGAGCAAACCGGACCUGGUACCACCCGGCCAUCACGGUUCCGGCGGUGAUGAAACGAUCCGCAACGCCGACGACGAUGACGAUGAUCAGGCGAGCGAACUGACCGCAUCCGAGCUGGGGGAUACGAUCUUCUUCCCGCUGCGUCACAGCACCAACCAACAAUCGUUCAUGACGCAGAAGCUUUACAGCGAGUUCCACGUAAAGACGAAACAGUACAGCAAAUCAUCGUCCAGCAUUCAGCAGUUGCUUCAUCUCGCCGGCAAUGGUGGUGGUGGUAAUCGAUCAAGCGAGCUUCCGGCCAGCAAGAAGAGCGCGCUCAAGAAUCGCUUCCGAAACAGUGCAGCUGCCAGCCACGACGAGGUGGUGCUGUCGUUCGAGGAUCUGCGCUACAUGAACCGUGUUUGUGAUGAUGAGGUUGGCGAGGUGAAGGAGGAGAAGCGUCCGACGAAGACGGUUUCGCUCCGGGAGCCUCUACCAUCGCAACCGGCCGUAAGCCAACGGACGAUUCUGGACGAUUUGCCGUACAGCAGUGUGCGAGAUUCAAUCGUCCUGCAGACGGGUGAUUCCGAUCGGGACGACGCUAGCUCCGUACCGGCCGAGAGCAUUUACGCGGAAAUUUGUACCGAAGCCACCGCUGUGCCGGCGGUGUCAGCGUCUGUACCAGCUCCAGCAGCGAAACCGGAAAAACGGUUCGUUAGCAUACGCAUCAACGUACCGCCGUGCGAUAGUGUUGCGGGUGCCGGGUCGGUGUGCCUAAAUCCGGCCGGUACUUCUACGACCACCACGAACCACACCAAUACCAGCAACGGCAGCAGCUGCAACAGCAACACCAGCAGUCGCUGCUCGUCGGCCGUUUCUAGUCCGAUCGAGGACAACAUUUACAACACGAUCAAGUAGUAGUCGUAGCGUUGUAAGCCGGAUGUUGUUCGCGGACGACGACCAAAGUAUUAUUACCGGAAUUUGUGAUAAACCACGGGGGCGAUUUGGUGCUUGCGUAAACCCGCUCAACCACGUGGGGCCGAGAAGGAAGCGUUUCAAAAACGAAUGCAGCUAUACAAAGAAGAGGAAGCAAUCGGUUCGGAAUAUUAAACGUACCAGCCCAGGGAGACAGAGAGCGAGAGAGAGAGAAGGAAACUAGAUUUGCAUCUUAUCGGGGAGUUCGACAAGAGUGAGAGAGAUGCAGCAGUUUAUUAAAACCUAUCUGAUGAUCACGAGCGUUUGGACACCACGUUUUGGACACCCAAUCUCCGCCAGACAGCGGAACAGGAAUCGAGUUCAAUCGUUCGGGGUUUUACUGUGGUGCGAAAGAGAAAAAGCGUUAAGAAAGUUACUUAUAGAAAUUUACAUACUAUUUGCCAACUAGCAACGAAAACAGCAGCAACAAAAAAAAAAUCGGCAAAGAAAACAUGACAAAAAGAAAGAAAGAAAAGGGCAAACAAACAACAAAUGGCGUUAGUUGAUAGUUACAUGUGUUAAUUGCACACUCACACAAAUACUUGUAAAAUUCAAACGCACACGGUAGCAGCGUUUACAGUGGUGUAAAAUGUUUUGUGAAUUAUUUAAUAGAAGAAAAUAAAGCGAUCGAAGCAAUCGAUGUAAACUAAUACGAA